AAUUCAAUUUGAGCCUCUACCAGCGGAGCUGGACUUUGAGCCCUGCUUGGGAAGGUGGAGACUGGACAGGCACUAGUGUUGAUUCAUCACAAAAGGAGAGUAGACCGAGUAGUAGUAGUAUGUGUCCACCCGUUUCUUUGCGACGUUAAAUUAGCACCUGGGGCCUAUUUUGGUCGGGGCUCUCUCUCCUGUCUCCAAAGAGCAACAGCUGAGCGUUGGACCAUGAGGCUUCCCGAGGAAAUGUGCGUUUUGGGCCUCUCCCUGCUCGCUCCUGCAGUCUUGUACACCAUGAACAAUGUCCCUGCACUCCAUGAGCCUCUGCCCAUCCUGGGAAUCGGUGUGGCCAUCCUGGGAUCUGUUCUUCUUCUCCUACUCUUCUUAACCUCGCCACAUAAAAAGACAGUGGAUCCUUUAUUUUAUGUGUUUGCAGAGUUUUCUUUUACUUGUCUGGUGGGUCUGACGAGUGCCCUGGAGCAGGAUGGCUUCAUAUCAGGCUUCAUGGGCUUCUACCUCAAAAUGGGCGAACCUCACCUGAGUACUGCCUAUGCUGUGAUGAUGUCAUACUGGGAAGGUGUCGUUCACUUGAUUCUCUUUCUAGUCAUCAUCCAUCGCAUGUUCAGAAGGAAAUCUUACCGCAGCCUUACACUGCUUUGGGUGGGGUCCUCCAUCAUGCAGCAACUUGUUCACAUCCCGGGAGUGGUUGUAGGUAAACACGGAUCUAACAUCUAUCCAGCUUUUUGGCGAAAUGUUCCCUUCUUUUUAGCACCUUUCUGGGCGGCUUCCAUCCUUUUUAGCAGGCCCAGAGUGAUGCCUAUCGUCACAGCAGACAAGAUCAUGGCCGAGCAAAAGAAAGGUCUGUUAUCUCGUCCUCUUGACCUGCCGUUUGCCGUGUUGCUCCUGGGAGGUGUGGCCGGCUGUGUUUUUAGAGGCUUUGUGGUGCUGGACUGUCCUUUGGAUUUCUCUUUCAGAUACAUUUAUCAGUUUGAACCUUAUCUUAAAGAUCCGGUGGGCUUCCCCAGAGUGAUGAUGCUGGUCUAUUUGUUCUAUGCCGUGCCCCUGAUGAGCCUCCUCCUCUAUGGUCUGAUAAGACCAGGCUGCAGCUGGAUGCUAGACUGGACUCUCGUCUUUGCUGGAGCCACCGCCCAGGCCCAGUGGUGCCACAUCGGCGCAUCUCUACACUCCCGCACCCCCUUCACAUACCGAGUCCCAGCAGACAAAUUGUGGACCGUUCUCACCUUCAAUGUACUGCUUGCUGUCGUGCCCGCUCUGCUGGCUCUGCGCUGCCACUACAGCCCCGCUUAUUUCAUGAAACCCGUUCCCAAAGGACAGAGCAACAGCAAAAAGAAGAAAAACUAGACUGCGCAAAAGUCAAGGCUUCUCCAGGUAUACAUUCUCUCAAGAUGACUGCCUCACGAAAAUAAACAAAAACG